AUGAAUGGUGAAAGAUUUUCGAACAAUGAAGAUAACGUAUUCAAAGUAUGCGAGGAAGCUUUGGGAUGUAUAGAAACUGAUUCAAGAUGGUAUCAUAAAAAAUUUAGACCUAUAAAUUUGAGACCGCUUCCAAGGCAUAUUUUAAAAACCGACUUUUUACUAAUUAAAAAACACAAUUCUAACGUUGAUGAAUUAUUUUAUACUAAUCUAUUACCAAGAGAAUCGUCUAUCAGAGAAUCGGAGUUUAGGAAUGAUUCUGAGCUUAUGAUUUUGAUACAUGAUUUUACAGCCAAUGGGUACACCGGGUGGAUAAAACAUUUGGCAAAAACUAUUUUUAUCCAUUCUAUAGAUACUAACUUAAUUUCAGUAGAUUGGCAAAGAGGCGCUGAGCCACCUUACGAUCAAGCUGUAGCUAAUGCCCGUGUAGUGGCACUGGAAACUAUAUCUCUCAUCAAAGAACUGCAGGACAAAUUCAAUUAUAGCUUGAAUAAUAUACAUAUUGUUGGACACGGUAUAGGUGCACACAUUGCAGGAUAUAUCGGUACUACUUAUAAUAAAAUGAAAAAAAUUACAGGUUUAGAUCCAAGUGGUCCAAGAUUUCAAGGUAUGCCGAAUCUAGUGAAAUUAAGUGCCAAAAAUGCCAAAUACGUCGAAGUCAUCCAUACGGAUUAUUACGAAUCUAGAAGUCUAGGUAUAAACGAAACUCUAGGACAUAGCGACUUUUUUGUAAAUGGAGCAAGAAGGCAACCUGGCUGUCCAGAAAAUAAUUCUUUCGAUAAUGUUUUGUCUGUAGAAAGAACAAGUUUGAGACCGGGAGAUAUUUUACCAAGCUGUAGUCAUAAAAGAGCAUUCAAAUACUUUGUAGAAGCUCUAGUGAAUAAAAAUUGUAAAUUUCAAGGCAUCAAAUGUGGAAGUCUAUCAGAUUUUGAAAACGGAAAGUGCACACGCUGUAAUGAUCAUGAUUGUCGAGAGUUUGGCUUAAAAACGUACGCUGAUACUUCUGAAGGAAAUCAAUUUUUUUUAAACACUGCUGGACGUUACCCUUAUUGUUUACUGGAAUACAGAAUAGGUGUGUAUAUUACAGAUGAUGAGAAGCAUGGAAACUUCCAUUUUAUUCUAGUAGAUGAAAAUAGUAAUGUUGCUGAGGCUGUAGUAUCAACAGAGGAAGAAUCCUACAGACUUUUCAAAUCAGGAGUAGAAAAUAAUAAUACGUUUGUAUAUUUUGCGAGUCCUCCUCGUCUUAAAAAUAUCAAAGAAGCUAAAUAUGAUUUCAGCGAAGAUAUUUUUUUCUGUCCUCGAGAAGACCGAGUUCAAAUCGAAAGUGGUUCUUAUGUAACGUUUAGAAGAUGUACUGAGAAAACUGAACCUUAUAAUACUCCACUUGGAUCCGUAAAGGACACUCUAACGCAUAGCGAAGAUGAAAAUAAAAGUACAGAAACUUUUUCAGAAAGCCCGAUUACUUCCAAAGUAACUACUGAAAUAACUAAGAGUAGUUCAAUUAAAUCAGUAAAACGUAACCAAUCACAAAAAGGUCCAAAUUGA